CAGCCUGCAAAAAAUCAACGAGAUGGUAUACGUGAAUAUUUACGACCAGUAUGCAUUCAUCCAAGAGGACUCGGACCAGGCGCCGAACACGGUCAUCCAGAAGGUGGAGAGGAGGUGGUUGGGAAAUUUGACCAUCCCCUUUAAUACCAUCUACAAUAACGAAAAGAUUGACGGAACGUUCAAACUGAACGAACCAAUAGUAACGCUAGGCUACAUCAAAGAGAGGAACAUCGACCACGACAUCCAGGCGACAUUCAUCGACAAAAACGCCUACAUUAACCUCCUGGUGACCUUUGAACCCAGAUUAACCCCCAUGAGUUCAAUCUUCGAUCGAUGGGAUAGCCUGGAGGCAGACGAGCUGCUGAGCAGAUGCAACUCCUGGCAGUCCGCACUGGAAAAGUCAUUUCCAGCUAGAAGAUUUUUAACCACGGUGAUGAGUUUUAAAGGCAUGUCUGUUCUAGCUACCAGGUACAUCAAACCGCUUGGCCCACCAAGCCGUCUCAUUGGUCCAGAGGUCAAUGACGUCAACUUAAAGCAGAAAUUGUUAGCAAGGUAUGUAUCCAUGAUCCCAAACAUUCCUGACAGCAUUCAAUUUCCUGGAAUCUAUGAUGUGUGGUCUACGUCACAGGAGUUCAUUGAGUUGUUGCAGGGGGAUGAGCACGAGCAUGCAGUCUUACUUAAUAACUAUUUCCUACACUUGGGACUGCAAUCAUGGAUUGCUAUUGGCUUUGCAAUCCCAGAAGGCAAAACAGCCUACGUGCUGGUAAAAUCAGCAGACGACCGCCCGAACGGCUUUUCACUGUGGCGGGCCACAACUGGCGAGACGUUCAGCACGAGCGACAGCUUCUGCCCUCUGAAGAGUGUGGCUUGCCUUAUUAGCGCUGAUAACGUUGUUGUUUGCUGUUGCUGUUCACACAAACAUACUAAGACACACACAUACACAGACACACAAAUAAACACACAAACAUCAUACACACAUAUACACACGCACACAUACACGCACACACUUUUACAGAUCCUAGCGAACGUACAAGAAUCUGACAAACCGAACGAGAUGAAAUUCGACAAUUUGCAACAAACGUCACAUUGGAGGCCACUCUUCGAUGCCAAAUUGCCCUAUCCAGCCCACCUGCCCUCCGUACAACCUGAUAGUUUAAAAUACAAAGAUGACGACAACAAAGACAACACAGAAAAGGUGAAAAUUUUACAGGAGAGCAUAGAAAGUGAAAUAAAGAAAAGUAUUGCAUCAUGGCGGAAAAGGUACAUAACAAGGUGGAAUAGGUACUGCGUGCAGAUAUUUAGGAGGCUGCUGAUGAGAAUGGAAACAUUAUCAGAUGAGCCAUCUAGGUUGGACCAUGCCAAGGAAUUGGAGAGUGAUCUGAGCUCCUAUCAGGUUACGGGAUUUCCGCUGAAUGUCCCGUACACAGGGAUCCAAGCGAUCCUGGAUUUAGUGCACUCGACGAGAGUGCAUGAAAUUGAUUUAGGUGAUGUCGAGUUUGCCGCUGCCGUCUACAUCAGUCCCUACCCUAGCGAUGUACUCUCCGUCUGGCUCUACAUUGCUUCCUUGAAGAAAUAUUUAUAAUCUUUUAUUUAGCUUUACUUUUAUUGAAACUUUAUUAAACCUUAUUUAAUUUUAAAUUUCAUUAAACUCUAUAUUUUAUUAUAGAACACCUGUUGAAAACACUAAUUUUAAAUGGAAAAUUUGUUGGAAAAUGUUAGUUGAACAAAAAAUUUCAAAUAAACCAAUUA